AUGAAUACUAAUUUAUCAGAAGAGUUUUACCUCGAAGAAUGGGCGAGCUCGUCUCGUCUUCUUUUCUACAUCAUUGUCGCGAUUUCGGCAAUCACCUUGCCGGUUCUUGUGGCUAUUUUAGUCAUUAUGCGACCGCAUCGAAAUUCGCAAUAUUACCCGUAUAUGUGCGCGAUUAUCAUCGCAAAUUUCGCAUUAUUGUCGGCAGUCUUCUUCCAUGUGCUAUCCGAGAAUACAAGUAUAAUUUACGAUCUUCUUCCUGGUUUCCUUAUAUGUAAAUUAUCCGUGUUCGGUGUCAAUGCUUCUUCAUGUUUUAUUCACUGGACAUGGGUCGCAAUGUAUUCUCAGCGAUUUAUUCACGUGUUUUUUCCUCUUCAUUCUCGUAGAAAACCGCCGAGAAAUUCAUGGAAAACCAUUUUCUACAUACUGAUUGGAUCGAUGCUCGUUCAAUUAUGGUCAUUGCUGAUUAUCACUGAACUAUCGUAUAAAAAUAGCCAAGGAACGUACUGCGCUGCUGACGCCUACUUCAAGAGCUCGUCGAAGACUAUUGUGCUGGUUGACAGCACAUUGACCUUCUUCAUACCAUUCCUUCUUACCGUAUUCGCCGAUAUUUCCGUGCUCAUCUCUCAAACGCCAUGGCAUCCGUCGUUCAAGUUAAUGUCUGCCGAUAAUUUGAGAAACAACAACAGAAGCGAUAACAUCAAAAUCGUUUCCAAAUUUAAUUUAGAGAGCUAUGAAAAACGUCGUUCGAUAGCAAUCAAGAGAUGCUUGAUUUCGGCUACAGUAACCCUCAGUUUGAAUCUUCCCAAUUAUUUGCUUCAAGUAAUUGAUGAGUUCUAUUCCUUAAGGGAACAUCCGGACAUUUUCAAUAGAAGCUUGUUUUUGCGGAUUGAUGCUGCUUUCUACAUUCUGUAUCUUCUCCAGUUUCCACUUGUUCCUCUUAAUAUGUACUUCUUGAGACAAAAUAUUACAAGAAAUUCGAGGAAAUUGAAAGAGAAAAUGCUUCUUCCGAUUGAGCCAAGCAACGUUAUCGAAUUGAGUGAGGCAACGAAAUAUCAGCAAAGUGCUACUAUUCAGGAAUAA